AUGGCCUUUACCCUUGCCCUUUCCGAUUACGAUGCCUUCGCCAACCGCGACCACAUAACACUCUUCGACGCGCUUACACCGCUCAAACUUUCAAAGGAAGUUGGUUGGGAGACCUGGAAUGACUCCCUUCGGCAAGGUCUGAAAGCCAUUGACAGGCGUCUUUGGCCCAUUCUCCAAGGCUCUCUCGGCCAACCUCAUGAGCACAUGAACGAUGAGGAGAUUGCUACUAUUAUCUCUCUCACCAACGGUCAUCCUCGAUGCUACCCCACACAAGAACUCAUUGACAAGGGCAGGAAGGAUAUCGAGGAGCACGCCAGUGACUAUGACCAUCUUUGCAGGGUUGGGAAUGGGCUCAUUCGCAGAACGCUGGGCCCUACGGCGCUUACUAUGGUGGCUCAUACAGUGAGCUUCAAGGAUACUUAUUCCAAACUGGAGCAGAUCUACAAUAGCAACAGCUUCCGCAGGACAAUGCGAUUGUACAAGAAAUGGACCGAAGUAACCUUCGGCAAUGAUGAAACAGCUCAUGACUUUCUAAUUCGCUUCCAGUCUGCACUUGGUUUCCUUGAGAAGGGCAUUCGGCCUCGAAGUCCGUAUACUGUGUUCCGCCAGUUUAUGAAAGCCAUCUACCAUCAUCGGGACAGUUCUCGAUUCAUGGAAACGUUCGAGGUUAGGAUAUUCGACAAGAACACUAUGGAAGAUGUUUACUCUUACUUCGAGGACUUCUUUGGCGAUAAUUGUGUGAUUGUGUUCAACGCAGCCAAUACCGCCCAACGUUGA